AUGAGUAGCUUAUUCAAAUUUUCGACUGCAUCAUCAAUGGAUGAAUUCUUCAAGAAAUUCGCAAUCUCCAUAUUCUUGUGUGAAGAUUUGAUUCUACGGAAACAGAAACGGAAACACGUAAACAAAAAGGUUGAUAUGUUACUGAAAUUAGAACAAAGGGAAGAAAUUAGUCCUAUGCAUACUUACAUUUUUUUACAGGGGGACUUGUGUAUGGAAAAGCUGCAUGGUCUAAAUCCCUCAUUAUUCAUUCUGAAAAUGGAAAUGUUCAAAUUGUUAGCUUGUAAAGAAUAUUAA